AACUUUUCGGAAAUCCUGUAAUACAUGUUUAUUGCACUCACUUUAUAUUAAGUGUCCUUAACAACAAUAUACUUACAUUUAAAUUCAUCAUUUGAAAUGUACUUAUUGUGUACAUACAUGUUUUUACAUUGCACUUAGUAAUAUGCAUUGCUAAGAACUUCAUUUGGACAACUUUAAAGGUGAUUUUCUCAAUAUUAUGAUUUUUUUGCACCCUCAGAUUCCAGAUUUUCAAAUAGUUGCAAAUAUUGUCCUAUCAUAACAAACCAUACAUCAAUAGAAAGAUUAUUUAUUCAGAUGAUGCAUAAAUGAUGAGGCCCAUUUAUUUAUUUAUUUAUUGUAUUUUUUUAUUUUACUAACCAUUCUUAAUGUAAUUAACCAACUGGAGAAUUGCAGUGAUAUUAGUUAUCCAUGUUUAGUUGUUUUGUUCACCUGUGGUGAUCCUCCUCUGGGUUUUGAUUUUCCAGCAGCACCAAACCAAAUAAAGAAAUAAAGUGCUUGCACAGUUUGAAUUUCUCAGUUGUUUAAGGACACGGGGAGACAAUCAGAAGGUGAAUUAGCUUAUGUUUAUGAUGCGAGAUGAAAGUCUCAUCUUAUCCAGCGCGUGCGUGCCAAAGGCUGUUUAAUGUAUGACAGUGGAUAAAUAACCCCGCGGACCUGCAUGGAACUAACUAACCCUGGGCUCAAACUAACCCAGUCAGCAGAAAAAACCAGCUGGAUGAGUGUUCAAAGGUGACAAUGACAAGAAUCCGCUGAGGAGACGCGCGCAGAAUCGCUGGAGACGCGGCGCGUCAUCAUCAUCAUCAGCGCGUGGAAAAGUGCCAACUCAUGAUCGCCAACGUGAGACAGACAGGUGAGGAGCAGAGACAGACAGGUGAGCAUCAGUGAGACCUCCGCGCAUCUGCAGCACCGCACGCACGCGAUCAUGGGGCGCUACAGCGGCAAGACGUGCCGCCUGAUCCUGAUGCUUGUCAUCACCGUCAUCUUCUUCGUGGCGGAGAUCGUGGCGGGGUACAUGGGCAACUCCAUCGCGCUGGUGUCGGACUCCUUCAACAUGCUGUCGGACAUUCUGUCGCUGUGCGUCGGGCUGACGGCGGCGCGUGUGUCGCGGCGCGCCGGCUCUGGGCGCUUCACGUACGGCAUGGGCCGCGCGGAGGUGGUGGGUGCGCUGGCCAACGCCGUGUUCCUCGCCGCGCUCUGCUUCUCCGUGUCCAUGGAGUCGCUCAAGAGGCUCGCCAUGCCGCAGGCCAUCGAUGACCCGCCGCUGGUGCUGAUCGUGGGCUCGCUGGGGCUCGCGGUGAACGUGCUCGGGCUGCUGAUCUUCCAGGACUGCAGCAGCUGCCGGUGCGCGACGCGGCGGGACGACGCCCCGGUGCCGCGCAACGAGGAUGAGGAGGACGCGGCGGAAGAAACAGACCUGCAGGAGAAGAAGGCUGGGAGCGACGGGCCUCCUCUGAACAUCCGGGGCGUGCUGCUGCAUGUGCUAAAUGACGCGCUGGGCUCGGUGGUGGUGGUGGUGGCCUCGGCUCUGUUCUAUGUGUGGCCCCUGGCCCCUGAGAGCCCGUGUAACUGGCAGUGUUACGUGGACCCCAGUCUGACGCUGGUCAUGGUGGUCAUCAUCAUGUCAUCAGCUGCUCCUCUGGUCAAAGAAACGGCCGGGAUCCUGCUGCAGAUGAGUCCCGCUGACCUGCCGCUCACCGCCGUCUUGGAGAGCGUGUGCAAACUCCCCGGCGUGGCGAGCGUUCACGAGGCUCACGUCUGGGAGUUAGCUAAAGGACGGAACGUGGCUUCGCUGCACGUCAAAGUGUGCGCUGACCUGCAGGAUCCGGCUCUUCAGACGCAGAUCCAGAAGCUGUUCCAGCGCGCCGGCGUCCACAGCGUCACGGUUCAGCUGGAGCGCGCCGACGCAGAGCUGCCCUGCUGUCCUCCUGCCUCCAGAGACGUGACCGUCGACAUGCUGCCCGAGAAAGAGAAGCAGAAAUCAGCCAAACACAGCCAGAGCACCAAGUUCUGAAGCUGUUUCUCGACCCGGACCGGAAGCCCACGGGUUUCGAAUGCCGGCCGGUUCUGAGAAAGUCCCAUGAUUAAUGCGCAGAACAAACAGACCUCGUGUUUCAUUACUCCUCACGACUGUGCCUCGCUGCCCUUUAAGACUCCAGCUAAUGAUUCCUUGUAAUUGUUCUUCGUUAGUUUGAGACACGAGUAUGAGUCUGAUCAACACGGUGCCUGACAGAACCCGGAUCAUCAGUCUAAUUAUUUAUUGCUCUGAAUGAGAGACAUGUCCAGCUCAUGUUUCAGCCCAAAACCACCGGAUAAAAACACAUAAUCAAGCCAAAGUCUCACAAGUGUGUAAAGAAUGUAAACAUGAUAGUAUUUGCCGUAGUGCCUCUAAUGCUUAUGCUGAUGUAUGUAAUAAAUAACAAUCUGUAUUACAGUAAUAUGCAAUUAUUGUUUACAAAUAUUUUUUAAAUGAGUUUCUUUUAAUUUUGGGGUGUAAUUCGACCUGGACACGGUUUCAUGAGAUUCCUUCCAAUAGCAUAUUUGCAUUCCUUACUGUUAUUUAUGACCUUUUGCUCUUAAUAAUCUUUAUAACUUUUUGGUAAUUCAGGGAAACACAUAGAAUUAACUGCUAUUUAGUUGUUGUUGUUGUGUGUGAGUGUGUAUUUGAAAGACAAUCAAAUGUACUUUAAAACUGUAUACACUAAUAUUAAACAUUCUGGUUGAAUGCAGAUUUAGCCUUUAGUAAACAGAUUUGAAUGGA